AUGGACAAAUCUAUUAAACUUGCUAAAGUUACAAAAGUUCUCGGACGUACUGGAUCACAAGGACAAUGUACACAAGUUCGUGUUGAAUUCCUUGACGAUCCUGCUCGUUCAAUUAUUCGUAAUGUUAAAGGACCAGUACGUGAGGGAGAUGUUCUUACACUUCUUGAAGCAGAACGUGAAGCCAGAAGACUUCGUUAA